AUGGGUCCAAAGUCCAAAGUUUUCGUACCACUUUAUGUGUACCCUGCCCCGGGGGCAUGGUCUCCGCUUGAAGAUGUGAUCUCUACCCACCCAGACGUCAAUUUUACUGUCGUAAUCAAUCCAGGAAACGGGCCAGGGCCUAACUCGCUGCCGGAUGCGAAUUACACUCGUGAAAUUCCAAAGCUCGCUUCCCACGCGAAUGUUCGCCUUCUGGGAUACGUCCACACUACCUAUGCCCAGCGUAACAUUUCUCUUGUCCAAAAGGACAUUGAAACUUACGCGGCAUGGCCGACGAAUUCCUCAAACCCGGACUUAGCUGUUCGGGGUAUAUUCUUCGAUGAGACUCCCCAGGCAUACAGUGCCCAUUCCUUGGCUUACCUGCAAAAUAUGACGGACCUUGUCAGGGGUCUGAAAGGGCUUGGUUCCGACCCAUUUGUCGUCCACAACCCUGGCGCCAUCCCAGACUCUCGGUACUUACCUUCGGCCGACUCAACUGUCGUAUUCGAAGAAACUUACAACACCUUUGAAACGCGGAAUGGAGCUAACCUGUUCACGGCGAUCCCGGACAGCAAUCGCUCGCAGCUAUGUGCCGUGAUCCAUUCAGUACCCGAUACCGUGGAGGGAUCGAAGCUGCGCGAACUAGUGAAGGAGGCCCGCAAGGUGGCGGAUGAGCUUUUCAUCACUCAUCUUAAUACCAACUACUAUGCUAGCUUUGGGAACCAGUGGAGCGAGUUUGUUGAUUUGAUGGCAGCAUGA